UUUCUCUCGAUAUUUUCCCCUUUCACUAUGAUGAUUCUGUGGUUCUGUUGCUUGUUUUUUUCUCUGUUUGCUUAGGGAGAAAAGCUGCAUGGCAUUAUGUUUUAUAUAUAUGAAGUGAAGUGAAGAGAAAAUCCAAGUUGUGAAGCACGAAAUAGAGGGUUUUGUGAAGACCCUUUGGGUUUGGAAAGUGGAAAGUGAAGAUCUUUGGAGAGAAGGAAAAAAAAUGGGUAGUUGUGGAAGAGAAGGUGUAGUGAGGCAGUAUAUAAGAUCAAAGGUUCCUCGUUUAAGAUGGACCCCUGAGCUUCAUCGUUGCUUUGUUUAUGCCAUUGAAACCCUUGGAGGUCAUCACAAGGCUACUCCUAAGCUUGUUCUUCAACUGAUGGAUGUUAAAGGGCUCACAAUUUCACACGUCAAGAGCCAUCUGCAGAUGUACAGAAGCAUGAAAGGUGACUCGUGCAGACAAGAUAGGACUUCUACCCAACAUAGGAAACAAUCUUUUCAGAAGCAUGAUGAAGCGAGUGAUGUUGGUUUUCACUCUUGCUUCAAAUUCAUUAGAAAAGAAUCUGAUUCCCUCUCCGGCUACAGUAAUUUCUCCUCAAAAAGAACUAGAAUCGAGAAGACAAGUUUACUCUCAGGAAUCCUACAAUGCAGCCAAAGAAUAUGUGAAGCAGAUCCAAAUCCAUACACUACUUUUUAUGAUUACCUGCAGAGCAUGGCUAAGGAGAAGGGAAUAAAGAAGAUUUGUGUUGGUUCAAUAUGGCAGCAGACUCAACCCCUUUCCACAACCUUUCAUAUGCUAACAAAGCAAGAAUCAGAUUUGCUCCAGGUUGCCAAAUUAAAUGAUAAGCAGCCUUUGAAUGAAGUAGGGAACACUUGGAGAAAAGGACUAGGAGCAGAGAAUGAAGACAUAGGAGGUUGUGAAUUGUCAUUGUCAAUCACAUUGCCACAACCCCAUCCUUCCUCACAGAAAAGUAAUACUUCUUCAGUCAGUGAGACCAGUGAGGCAUUUUCAUUGUGCCCUGAGUUUAGCAACAACGUUAUCAUGGGCUGUUCUAGUUCUUCCAAUGUCCCAAAAACAAUUAAUUUGGACCUUUCUUUGGCCAUUUGAAUGUUAGUAUUAAGGACUAAUUUACUCGA